AAGUACAUAUGUAUAUCUAUUUAUUAUAUAUUUGUUCUUACAUAAAAUUAUUCUCGUACAAAACAUGCAAUGUUUUUGUUUUAUUUUUUGAAGAAAAGUUCUAGGAUAUUAUUUAAAUACCCUGCUCAAAAAGUUUGAUAGAAAUUGAUAGAAACAUAUACAAAUUUGAUACAAAUUUAAUAUGAUUUUAUCUGAAUCUAUAAUUCUAUCGGACACUAGAUUUUAUGCUGGAUAGGAAAGUUAUAAAUUCUAUUGUUUUUUAUCAUAUCUAAAUCAAGUGACUAAAAUUUUAUCUGAAUAUAGGUGCUUUUCUAUGUGAUCUUUUCUAAUUAUCUUACUGAAUAUAAAAGUUACGAUUUAUAAAUUAAUCUAAAAUUGUCCCUCUACUUUUCUAUCAAAAAUAUGUUAUAGAAAAAUUGUUUUCUAUUGUCAUGUAUAUGAUAAGAGAUAUUUAAAGGAUACAAUACGAUAUAGAAAAAUAAAAAGUCUAUCAUACACUUCAGAUAAACAAUCUAAGAUUUACGAACUUAAAAUAUGAUUCAAUUAAAUAGAAUUUUUUCUUGUCUAAUUCUAUCGAUUUUUUGAACAGGGAUUGUAUUAACAGCAGUAAUAAUUGGAAAAGACACUUUCUUUUUAGCAAUAUUGACUACAUCUCUUUGUUUAAUAAGAGAAUUUUGCUGCAAACAUGAUUCCUUUCUAUAUAUAAUAUAAAUGUCAAGAUAUUCAUUAUUUUUGAUAAAGAAUAUUUACCGAAUUUGCAUGAUGCACAAUGAAUUAAACUGUAAAGUUCAACUUAUAAAACUUUAACUAAGGGAAUAUAAUGUUUCUAUUAUAUUUUUUAAAAUUGUCUAUUAAAUCUUAUUUUAUACAAAAAUUUUACUGUAAAUUAUAUAACUAAAGUUACUGCAAAUUCGAUAGAUAUUAUAGAUUAUAAUUUGUUCAUAAACUUUUAAAAUUAAACAUUAAUUACAUUUCACAUAUACAUUUAUUAUAUUAUAAUGGAACAGAUAAGACAAUAUUAUAAUCAUAAUUUUGAAACUUUUUUGAUAUUAUAAUAUAAGCAUUUGCAUUUAAUUUAGUGUCUCUUUUAUUACACUAUUUUUAAACCUUUGAUUAUUCUUAAGGUUUCUGAAGAUUUUUUUCUAAAUAUAUACAUAGCAUAUAUGUAUACCUACAUGAUCGGUUAUUUGAGACAAACUUUUACAUGGAGUUAUGUGUUAACCAAUAGUUUGCAAAGUUCAGACUAAUUACCUUUCUCCUGUUACCAUUAAGCUGUCAAACCAUUCACAUAUUUUAAAUUGAUAAGUUUAUAUUAUAUUUCUUAUGUCUGAAAUAAUUUACAAUAUAAAAAAUAAUUACAUAUAUUAUUUUUCUGUAUCAAUUGUUACCUAUUAAUGUUACAUAUAAAAGAAACAAUAUUUAAUGAAUUGAAAAAAACACGGAGGUUGAUCUUUAGUAAUCGAAAUCGUUAUGCAGUAUACCCGUCCAAAUAUAUCCAAAAGCGAUCUUAUAAUCAGUCGCGAGUCAUUAUUGAGCGAAAUACUGAACUAUCAAAGAUCGAUGCCCAUAGUCUCCCAUAAAAUGAAUUUGUCUAAUCGUUUUAUGGGUGGUUCUGAUAAAGAGCUUGCCAUUGAAGAAACUUCUGCCACAGUAUCACCGGCAUCUGUCCAGGAAGUAUCAAAUCCUCCACAAAGAUCGAUGCCCAUAGUCUCCCAUAAAAUGAAUUUGUCUAAUCGUUUUAUGGGUGGUUCUGAUAAAGAGCUUGCCAUUGAAGAAACUUCUGCCACAGUAUCACCGGCAUCUGUCCAGGAAGUAUCAAAUCCUCCACCUUUAUCUCCAACUCCGUCAAUGCCACCAUCACCCUCCAUAGAAGAAUCUUUCAAGGAAUCCGAGCAGUUAGAAAAAGAUUCUCAGAAAAAUCAACUUCCCGCAAAUGGAUCGUGUUGCUUCUGCAUUUCGCAAACACCGGGAUCAGUCGGGGAUAGAAAAGUAGACGAAAUAAUCGAUUACGUCCACCAAAAUCUUAAGGAGGCUAGCAAGGCUUUAGCAUCUUUGGGCGAGAACUUCGAGCAUGAUUUAAAGCUGAUGUUUAUCGACAUUUUGGGUCGAAUCAAACAAUGGACCGGUAUUGUACAAGACAAACUGGACACUUGUAAAAAUGAAGUUGAUAAUCUUCGCAAGGAAUUAUUAGCUCGUGCAUGUGAAAUUGAUAAUAAAUCACGCGAACUGAAAAAUCUCAAAGCUCAGAUUGCAGAGUAUCAGAAUGAUCUACUGUCACACAGUGAAUUGCCAAAAAAAGGUCUUAAAAGGUUGGAAAAGGAGAAAAGAGAGAUAAGCAUCCAUGAAGAUCAAUUCGUCGAGGGAAAAGCACAAGCAACGAAUGCUGAAGAAAUUAUGAGAGCUGAUGAUAAAGAAAAUGAUGAAGACGUACAAACGGAAAUUGUUAAGCAAAUUGAUAGAAUUAAAAAAAUUAAUUCAAAAAAGAAAACGCGAGCUGUUGAUCAAGGAGAUGAAGAAGAUGCGCAAGCAGUACGAGAUGUUGAUCGAAUAGAUGAAGAAAAUAAAGAAUUGAUAAGAAAAAAGACAGACAAUGAAAGGAAUAUGAAAGACGUCGGUUAUACAAAUACGACAGUCCAAACUGUUGUGCAGGAGAAGGAAAGGACAAAACGAGAAUCCGAGCUCGAAUCUGAGAUCAAGUGGCUCCGGAAGGAAUACGACAGAGUAAUGAAGGAACGAGUGCAGUAUGAAAACGCGAUUCAACGAGCACUACUGCGAGGAGUAUCAUCUUUAAAUGUUGAGGCAUUGAGAGUCUUGCGCUGCCCACCGAUUCCCUGUUGCUCUCCUUGCAUACCCUGUCCGGUUACCGCAGGAAUCAUUCCACCUGAACCCGUCAUACCAUGUUCUGGCAAGAGUACGAAGAGGCGUCCAGAAUCCGCUGCAGCAACGGUUAACAAUACCAAAGUUUCACGCGACAGACACGUGCAGAAUGACGAUCAAACUGAUUGCACAACGAAGCGACCUUCCACAAGUCUUUGCUGCUCUGUCAAUAAAAACCGGAAGUCCACAAAUGGUAGCAUGUUCUUUCUUCUUCAUCAAAGCGAUGCUAAAAAUUUGAACGCUCCAGACGAGAAUUUGAGAGUAACUCCAACUUACUUCUCGUUGUCCUGCGGCGGAAGGAACUUCGUCCUGAUGAACUGGAAGGAUCUCUGGAGGCUGCGUGCCACAAUAAGGGUAGUGCGUGAGGCACGAUACGUGCAGGGCAAGAGAAGAGGAGACACGUCUUACGUCUUAUACGAGGAGAGAAGCCGGCACCGCGUGCGAUGAGCGACGAAGACGUGGAGGAGCCGCAACGCGGACGAUUCUUAGGACGGGCGGAGCGCGACUGAUGCAAGCCCGACGGAGACCGGAGUGUGCACCGAGCGACGGUGGUAGCCAGCGGUGGUGGCGAGAGCGGACGUCACCCACGAGUCCUUCCGUAUAUAUGCGCGCGGUCCUCGUGUUUCUCUCUCUUUCUCUCCCUCUGCUGCUAUUUCUACUGUAUCACAAAGAGCCACGAGCCUCUUCGGAGGCUCACUUCGGAAAUUAUCGAAGAGAGAGGAGGAAGGUACAAUCUUUACUUCCUCCGAUUUGGAAACUCAGUGCAUCCAGCUGUUGCAUCAGAAUAUUAAAAUAUUUCUUUUGUCCACCUUGUAAAAAUUUUAUAUAAUAUAUUAAUGUAAAAAAUAUAAUUAUAAAAAAUCAGUUUUUAAAGUAGAGUCUUAAAAGAGUUUAAUAUAAAGAUUUAAUGACUUAUGAUUGAGUGGUUACGUAAGUUGAUUAAGAUUAAUAAUUUGAUAAUUUUUAUUCAUUUGCUAAGGAAUUAAUUUGUUGA